AUGACGAACCAUACCACGACGAUGGUGGUGGACUACCUGGUGUUCGUCGGCUUCAUCGCGAUCUCCUUUGUGAUACCACUGUGGGGGAACUUCCGGGCCAAGAAAAAGGAGACCAAGGCGAACUACGUGUUCGCCACCGGCACCGUAUCGAUGGGCGCGAUGAUGCUGUCGAUCGCACGGGGCACGCUCGGCGUCAGGUCCUUCCUCGGCUACCCCUCGGAACUGUAUUAUCGCGGCAGCGCCAUGUGGGAGACACUGUACGGUAUGCUGCUGGCGUAUCCCAUCGUCUGCUUCAUCUUCGUGCCCGUUUACUACAAUCUCGGCGUCACGUCGGUCUACCAAUAUCUCGACAUGAGGUUCAAGUCGAAGCUGGUGAGAUGUCUGGCGAGCUUCUCCUACGUCAUACGGAGCCUCCUGAACUUGGCGGUCACAGUAUUCACCCCGUGCGUCGCGCUAAAGGCGGUCAUAGGGCUGCCGUACUGGGCCAGCAUCGUGGGGAUCACGACCAUUUCCGUGGCUUUCACAAUUAUGGGAGGUCUAAAGGCCGCCAUUCUAUCGGACGUCAUACAAGGACUAGCGAUGAUCGGAGUGUCCGUGGUGAUCAUCGUGCAGGGAACGGUCAACGUAGACGGACCCGCGAACGUCCUGAACGUCACUUACGAGCGCGGACGCUUGAAUUUCUUCGACUUCAAUUUGGACCCUACAAUUCGAGUGACAACAUUAUCGGCGACACUGGGUCAGCUCUUCAUGAGCCUGUCCAUUUUCGGGUGUCAACAAAACUUCGUCCAAAGAUACUGUAGCAUGUCUAGCCAGAAGAAGGUUGUCAAGACGAUGAUGGCCAACAUGCCCAUUAUCUUUGUCCUGUUCUCGCUCUCCUGGGUGGUCGGGAUGGUGAUCUUCGCUAAUUACGCUGACUGCGACCCGCUGAGCUUGGGUUAUAUCAACAAAAUCGACGAGAUCGUGCCGUUUUACGUGGAGGACAAAUUUCUCAACGUGCCUGGCCUGCUCGGCCUCGUGAUGGCGACUCUCUUCAACAGCGCAUUGACACUGGCCGUGUCGAAUCUCAACUCCCUGGCGACGGUGACAUUCGAGGACUUCAUCAGUCAUAUACCGAGGUUAAGCGACCUCAAGGACACGCAGCAGCUGCGCUUCAUCAGGGCCAUUGGCGUCAUCUACGGUAUUCUGAUUAUCUGCAUCAGCUUCUUGGUGGCCAUGCUUUCCGGCGUCAUAGAGUCGUCGAUGCUGAUGACGUCGGCAACAUCUGGGCCGCUUCUCGGCGUGUUUCUGCUUGCCAUACUGGUACCCUGCGCCAACUGGAAGGGCGCCGCCGCCGGCAUGAUCUUCAGCCACGUAAUGUCACUGUGGAUCACCUUCGGCCAUCUGAGCAUCGACACUACGACCAAGCUGUUGCCAUUGUCAACGGAGGACUGCCACAACGACACCUUCUCGCCGUGGGUCACCAACAAACCGAUCCGCCUGGAAUACUCCACGCCGAACAUCACCACCACGACGAACAUGUACGAAUACGUCACGCCGUUGCCGACCGCCGCCACUGACGAAUCCUCGAAUCCCCUGUACGCUCUCUACAGCAUCACCUACAUGUACUACGCUCUGAUCGGCAGCCUGACCACGGUGGUCGUCGGCAUCAUCGUCAGUCUGAUGACAGCCGACCUGGAGGCCGACUCGUACGAGCAGCACUUGCUGCACCCGAUAGCGCGCAACAUAGCUAAUCUAUUCCCUGGCAAACGAGCAUUCUACGACGGCAGCAGUGAUCGCAAUAAAACCGAGAGUACGAACGACACCGUCAUCUCGAUCACGACAACCGCCUCCGGCAGCACCGAGAAGAUGGCGCCGCUGCAGGGCAUCACGGACGAUAAUGGCAAGUUGCACGUGGACAACAGCUACGUGGAGAAGCUGAAUGCACUGAAGAACGUGUCACUCGACGUGACUGGCGAGAUAGGCAAAAGCACGAACUUGUAAUUCCCCACCGGUCUCGAGAAAAAGAGAACGAUCUCUCCACGUUAAUCUCUCGACGCCGUCGAGGAAAGAGGCGACAUACUGUGAUGAUGUCGAACUUGCUCGGUGUCGGCCGAGCAGUUUGCGCGUGUUUGCCGCCGUGGCGGAUUUUAUUAUCCCGACAUGCGGCGGUGACGGGCGAGCCGCGCGUGCAAAAUAAUUACGAGCGCGGGUCGAGAACGAAAGUUCCCCCUCGAUUACACCGGCCGAACCGCACUCGCAUUCAGCUCGAAAUAACGCUCGAAUGAAGGUAAUUCAGCGAGGUGCAGCGCUGUGCGACACUUGUAACUUGCAUGUGCCAAUUACAGUUAACUGCGAGACGUGGCUGACGCGUAUACAUUUAUAUGGGGUGUCUGACAAUCAAUGACACACGGCCGUUGUAUGCAGGUAGAAUGCGACAAGCUGAACACAAGACUCCUCUAUCGUUUCGCAAACAAUCAUGUCAAAUUUUGUGUUAAGAGUUAAAUGAUUGUGCGCAAUAAUGCAUCAAAUUGCUUUAAUUAAUAACUAUAAUAACAAAUCUAUGUGUGGUCUCACAUUCGUAAAACGGUAGAUGAUUGUUUUGUUCACUUUGACCUUUAAGCGUACACAACGACAGAGGUCAUUAUCACAACUCAUCUGCCGUAUUGCGCGCGAUCAUUCGUCACUUUUCUUUAAUAACUCAAAAUUUUACGUGAUUGCAAAAUAGUAGAAAAAUUUUCUAUUCAGUUUAUUGAGUUCUAUCUGCACACAACGGAUAUAUCAUCAAAUGUCAGACACUAUGUAUACAUAUAUAUGUUAUGCUUACGUACAGUUUCAUAAACUGUAACCAUGUCGAAAUUUUAACCCUUCGUACGACUUAAACUUCCUAACAUUUGUAUAUUCUAAAGGAUCAGUGUACAUUUAAUAUAUAUUGAAACUGAAGUAGUCUAGUUAGCACCUCCGAAUGGCCAAAACUGCAUAGAAUGGCAAUUGCAGGUUCUAAAUAGGAUCUCUCAAUAAAGUUAAUAGAUUCAAACAGGAUCAAAAGGGGUUGAUAUAGACAUCUCAGAGUAUCAAAGUAAACAUUAAAUGAAAUACUGAAGUUAAAAGUAGAAUUAAAAGUUCGAAUUCGGGUAUUCAGAAAUGAACGCGCGUGACUCAAUAGGCGAGUGAUUAUCAAGUAUACAGGCUUGGAUCGGACCGACGCAUCUCACCGUUCGCGGGACGAUUAUCGUAUUCCGCGCACGUGCUCGGGAAGAGCCCGGAAGCCGAGGGUUACACAACGAUGCUGCUGCUGCUGCGACGGGAACUGCUUCGAAGGAACGGUCGUUUCAGCGGGGAGUAAUCGAGAACGCGUAUAUACAACUCGACACGACGGUACAACUCUAUCACGAGGACCGAUGACGACCCGGUCGACGGACGGCGGGGUGAAUUUUCUCUCGCCUCGGCGAUUACCACGCGCACGACACCACGCCAUGAUCCCGUUCCGGCGCGGCCGACUCUAUCACAUAUUCUCGUCUAUACUCCCGUCGCGCCUCCCCCGAUAAUCCAAUAGGGACCAAUUUCCUGCGCCCUAUUGGUCUCUGUUGAUCUUAGGAUUCUAAGGAUAUAUCUUAAGAAUUAGGGUAUAGACCCUCUACACACAUACGUAUGUACACAACGACCAUCAAUAUCGAUGUACCAUGUAGGCAGGCGGCAUGGAGAACCGUCCUAUGUAUCAUAAGCGAAGAUAACCCCUGUCAAUUUCCUAAAAGCGCUGCACAAGAACAAGCAGAGAGAGAAAGAGAGGAGGAAAGGGAACAGUGCAAUCCGUCUCAAUAAAGGAGGAAUAUUCGAGCAUUUCGCGCUACUUUACGGCAUGAAACUCGACGACUCGACAACUCGACGACUCAACUCGCGCGAAUCGCCAUAUAUGAUAUUGCAACAAAACUAUUAUUUAUAAGUUAUUCGCCAUUGAGCGAGAAUAUUUCAUCGCACGAAGAAACGAUCCUAUACGAGGGUUCCUCUAGGAUAAUUUUUAGAUCUUGAAUUCGCCUCGGACAAUCUUUAAAAUUCGAAGAAACGCGUUCGUUCUCCGAAAGAGCGAUUAGAAUUCAAUUCUGGCGCCGGCGGUCUCGCCGCGAAUCGUAGAUCGUCUGAAGCUCCAAACUAGAUUUUAAGCUUAAUUUAGCAAUAGAUAGUAUCACGUUUCACAAAUUUCUCACGCGCUUCCGUUCUGUGUGCAUCGUGCGUGUGUAUGCACGCAUGCAUAACAUACAAAUCGUCACGAGGAGAGAAACUUUAGCAUUAAACUUUACUUUUAUACCUCAGAGAAAGCGCGAGUGAUUCUACAAACAGGACAUAGUCGUUGCAAUAAAUAUAUAUGAUGGAAAUGAUGUCCAAUUCAGAUUUGUGAUUGUUGAAUUGAUUCGUAUGAUCGAGAGCCUGUGUAUUUAUUGUUUCAAAAAUAAAAUUGGCGGUUUUCUAUUCA